AUGCAUGACGUGCAGGCCCAACUGCUUCGCCCAGAACCUCGAGUACUACGACUUCUCCCUGUCGAGCACCGGCAGAGCCGUCCCCUGCAACAGCUCCCUGUGCGCCGACGACAACGCGUACGAGAAGCAGCGGUGCGCGGGCGGCCACGGCGGCACGUGUACUGUCCGGGUAUCGCUGGGGUGCUGCGCAGAGAGAGGUUCACUUUCGGGACGACCACGGCCAACAUCGCCUUCGGCUGCAUCACGGAGACAAACAACUCCGUGCAGAUGGCGCUCGACGGCGCGUCGGGCCUCAUCGGCCUGGGUUACGGCGACCUGUCGCUCGUCACCCAGCUUGGGGCCACCCGGUUUUCGUACUGCCUCACCCGGUUCUUCGGUGGCAAGGUCAGCUCGAGCACCCUCUUCAUCGGCCCGUCGGCCGGGCUGAGCGGCGACACGCCGGUGACGUCCGUCACGUACCAAAAUCUCGGCGUUCCUUUCUCUUCGUUCUACUACCUGCUCGUGUCCGGCAUGUCGGUCGGCAGAGGUUGGCUGAACAUCCCAUUUCCGGCGAUGGGCGUGAUCGUCGACUCCAACUUCCCGUUCAUGUCCCUCGUCGACGUGGCCUACAAGGAGCUCAUUCAAGAGGUGUCGCGGCAGCUGGGAGGUCGCCUGGUGGCGUCGCCAGUGGACUGGCUGGAGCUGUGCGUGGCCGGAGCGGACGUCCGCAGGCUUGCGCCGCCGAUGGUUCUUCAUUUCCAAGAUGGCGGCGAGGAUUUGACGAUCCCAGCGGAGAAUAUGUGGGCGCCCAUGGACCGGGAGUCGACGUCGUGUAUGAUGGUCAUCAACUCGGCGACCCUGGAGCCGCCCAUGAACCGAACCACCAUUAUCGGCAGCUAUAUGCAGCAGGAUAUGCAUGUGCUGUACGAUCUUGAGAACCACCAGAUAUCUUUCCAGAAAGCAGACUGCAACACUAUCUGA